CUAAACCCUAGUUCCUUCCAUCCCUUGAAUCUUAAACCCUGCUAGCACCUCUCUCUCGUCCUUCUCUUUCACUCAGAGAAACAAGAGAUGGACACGGACGGAAAUUCAGGAGACGCGUCGAGGGUGGUCCAUGUGCGCUUCAUCACGAAGCUCGAUCGUCCUUUCAAAGUUCCAAAUUCCUCCAUUUCCGUCGCCUCCAAUUUCACCCGAUUUGGCCUAUCCAGCGUCGUUAACAAUCUUAUCCAAACAGAGAAUCCUGAUUGGGAAGUGGAGCCUUUUGAUUUUCUUAUCAAUGGCGAGCUGGUUCGGAUGUCGCUUGAAAACUUCCUUCUUGCCAAGGGCAUUUCUGCGGAAACAAUAUUGGAAAUUGAAUACAUACGGGCUGUAGUUCCACGCAAAGAAGAAGAACCUUCUUUACAUGAUGACUGGGUCAGUGCAGUUGAUGGUUCUAGUCCCAGGUUUUUUUUGACAGGGUGCUAUGAUGGUUUAGGAAGGGUAUGGAAAGCUGCUGGUGUAUGUACACACAUACUGGAAGGACACAGUGAACCUGUUUCUUCUGUUAGCAUAAUCAAUCCAGAAGGUGCAGAUAGUGUUACCGUAGCUACUGCUUCGAAAGACCGGACACUUAGACUGUGGAAGUUUAAUGCAGAAGAUACCAGAAGAAAUCCUUUGAAGAUAAGUGCAUUCAAAAUUUUGCGUGGACAUAGAGCAUCUGUUCAAAGUGUUGCUGCUCAGACCUCCGGAAACAUGAUCUGUUCAGGCUCUUGGGAUUGCACGAUCAAUUUGUGGCAGACAAAUGAGCCAGUUUCAGAAUUUGACACUGUAUCAACAAAGAAGAGAAAAACCACUGGUCAAGCUAAGGAAUCUCAGUCGGAGGGGGAGGCUGUUUCUUCUCUAGUGGGCCACACACAAUGUGUAUCUUCUGUAAAGUGGCCGGAGCGUGAAACAAUAUAUUCUGCAUCGUGGGACCACUCUAUUAGAAGGUGGAAUGCCGAGACAGGCAAAGACUCGUUGAACAUAUUCUGCGGUAAAGCCCUCAACUGUCUCGAUAUUGGAGGUGAAAGUUCCGCUCUUGUUGCUGCUGGUGGUUCUGACCCUAUUCUUAAGAUAUGGGAUCCUCGUAAACCAGGAACUUCUGCUCCUGUCUAUCAAUUCUCAUCUCACACUUCUUGGGUUACGGCAUGCAAAUGGCAUGAGAAGUCUUGGUUUCAUUUAAUUUCUGCAUCUCAUGAUGGAAAAGUUAUGCUGUGGGAUUUGAGAACUGCUUGGCCCUUAUUUGUCAUUGAUGCACACAAAGACAAGGCACUAUGUGCUGACUGGUGGAGAGGUGAUACUGUGCUUAGUGGUGGGGCAGAUUCAAAGCUUUGCAUGACUUCUGGGGCUUCUGUGCUGUGAGAGAAGAGUGAUUUGAAGAUGGAAGUUGCAUAGCUGGGAACAUCCUCAAAGCUCUCUCCACAUUUCUCAUGAUCUUCUGGAAAUGGUGGUGAGAAUGGGGCAGUCUAAGUUUGCGUCUAGGGGAGGUUUGACCAAGAGUUUAGGUGCUCGGUUGUCUUAUGGCCGGAGACGGAGAUAUAUAGUUUCAGAGCUAAUUUUCAGUCCAUGGCACACUAUGGUUGUAGCAAAUAGAACAGGCUUUACCUCUUUAUACGUGAUCGUGGUCUGGACUCUUGAGAGUAAUAUUCAUUCAUCAUGGAUCCGCUCCAUGCACAAUUGCAUGAUUUAUCUUAUAUUCCUUGGUAAUUUUAUGUUUUAUCGAAGUUUGCUUGUAAUUU